AUGUUGAGGGAUGCUGUAUUCAAACAGCGCACAGAUCAAACAGCCGUUAAAAUUGUGAUAAUGCUGUGCUUUGAUUGUAAAUUUGUGAUAACGUGUUGAAAUAAACAAAUCUGUGCAGUCAACGGGCGGUGCGUAUCAGUACAAGUUGUGUUUUGCUCGAGAGAGCAACUUUCUCGUUCGUAAGCGUUGCACGGACAAACUUAAACCCCGACUCAUACACAGAUAGUGAUCUCAGCUCGCUCGCAGUACAGUUUACGAUGCGUUCGCUGGUGCAUUUUAUAUUGAGUUUAGCAUUACUGCGCCUCGCCUGGGCCCAGGAAGAUGUUCACCUGCCCGACUAUUUGGUGUUUACGAAACAGUUUGCGGUGCACGUGCAGGUUCGCGAACCUUCCGGCAUCAUGGUCUGGACCCGGGACAGUCCGCUGAUCGAGACGUUCGGGCUGGAACUGUACGUUGGCCGGGGUAAUCACAGCACCCGGGGACCGAUCUGGGACAGACAGCUGCUCGUCAACACCUCCGUCCUGGUGGAUGGGAAGUUUUUCAUCCACGACGACGGCAUGGUGGUGGAAGUGGGUGACACGAUUCGCUAUCGCUUCAUGGUUACGCACAAGAAAACGCUGUUCCACAGCAAUUUCCGUCGGAUUCUCGUAACAGAUCAUCUAUUCUAUCGCCCGAAGAACAACUAUUGCUUCUCGCAGUGCCUGGUAGGCGAUCAGCAUGUCGCCCACGAAGAGGUUACCCACCUGAAGCUGCUGCUGGAGCAGAAGAUACUGCAGUGCGUCGGUACGCAAGCGUCCGAGCAUCUGUUCUUCCCGCUGGAAAAUGCCUCGAAGCUAGUGGCUGACGCCGAGCUGUACGUAAAGUCGCGCCUGUUUCAAGUGGAGGCACUGCGACCGCUGGUCAACAGUGUCGUCACGACCUACCUUGCCCACAAUGGUGUCGGCUUCCGUAUGCAUACACUGCUCGAUAAGUUUAAAGUGCUCGAGCUGGGCCAAGGCUACCUGGAUGUGAUCGAUUUCGACAGCUUCCUGGAGGAGUCGAACUAGCAGCGAAAGGGGAAUGGCUGAAUUCGUUUAAAACCAUUUAUUGUAAUCGUUACUAAACACUAAACACUUUGUGUCCCGAAA